AUGACAGCUUAUAAAACUCCUAUUGGGAUGUCACCAUUCCGACUUGUUUAUGGGAAAGCCUGUCAUCUACCUAUGGAGCUGGAGCAUAAAGCUUACUGGGCCAUUAAAGAGUUAAAUUUUGCAUAUGACUCAGCUGGGGAAAAGCGGAAAUUGCAGUUAAAUGAGCUAGAGGAAAUUCGUCAAGGUGCUUAUGAUAGUUCUCGCAUCUACAAGGAAAGAACUAAGGCAUUUCAUGACAGUCAAAUUUUACGGAAGGAAUUUCAGCCAGGGCAAAAGGUUCUGUUAUUUAGUUUAAGGCUCAAGUUGUUUCCAGGGAAAUUAAAAUCUCGCUGGACUGGACCCUACCUAGUGACUCAAGUUUUUCCUCAUGGAGCAGUUCAAAUCACUAAUGAAGAUAAAGGCAACACGUUCAAGGUGAAUGGUCGUAGGCUGAAACCCUACGUGGAGACACCCUUUGACAUUGCAGCCGAGUCUUUGACUCUGAAGGAACCAGUGAUUUGA